CCUGAUUGCAGCUGCAUAAAUUGAUACAGCAUCAAAUCCAACCUCUCCUCUUUUCUCACUCUGACUACAGUAUUCUUUGUUGCUCUCUCAAUUAACUCUACAUCGUUGUGCCACUCGCAUCCUUCGUUUCGAUCCAAUCAUCCAUUGUAAGUCCCCUAUCACCGAAUCUCAUCUAUCUGUCUGGAUCGCUCCAUUAGCCGCAGAUGCCAACCAUGAGCGACGAAGGAGAGAAGACUUGCCCCCUCUGUGCUGAGGAGAUGGAUUUAACCGAUCAGCAGUUGAAGCCUUGCAAGUGUGGCUAUGAGAUUUGUGUUUGGUGUUGGCAUCAUAUUAUGGAUAUGGCUGAGAAAGAUGAGACUGAAGGGCGCUGUCCAGCAUGUCGUACUGCUUAUAACAAAGAAAAGAUUGUUGGAACAACUGCAAAAUGUGAAAGACUGGUGUCAGAGAUGAGUGUGGAGAAAAAGGUGAAGUCACAGAAGGGAAAGAGCAAAGCCUUGGAAGGACGGAAGCAACUUGGCAGUGUACGAGUCAUUCAGAGGAAUCUUGUGUAUGUUGUGGGUCUGCCACUGAAUUUUGCAGAUGAUGAUCUACUUCAGCGCAGAGAAUAUUUUGGUCAGUAUGGGAAGGUGCUGAAGGUGUCAAUAUCUCGAACAGCGACUGGGACUAUACAACAGUUUGCAAAUAGUACAUGCAGUGUAUAUAUAACAUAUUCAAAGGAGGAGGAGGCAGUCCGAUGUAUUCAGCUGGUACAUGGAUUUGCUCUGGAUGGUAAACCUUUGAGGGCAUGCUUUGGGACCACAAAAUACUGUCAUGCAUGGCUGAGAAAUAUGCCUUGCAGCAAUCCAGAUUGUCUGUAUUUGCAUGAUAUUGGCUCACAAGAUGAUAGUUUUACGAAGGAUGAAGUCAUAUCUGAACACACAAGGAGUAGAAUUCAACAAGUCACCAGUUCCUCAAGCAGUAUCCAACGGCGUUCAGGAAAUGUAUUACCUCCUCCAGGAGAUGAUUACUGCAAUAAUAACAGCUCGACUUCUUCGGUGAAGCCUUUGGCUAAAACUGCUAUUAAUACAAAUAAUUCAGUACCGAGUACUAGAAAUUCUCCACCAAGUACUAGCUCAGGGAUAUCUGCUGCUCUACCAGCUGGAGCGUCAUGGGGCAUACGUCCAUCUGGUAAUCAAUCUUUGCUGACAAGCACAUCGAGUUCCAUCAAAGCACCCAAUCAGAAAAAUGAUACGUGUAAUGGUCCCGCAGCAUUUUCUAAAUCAGCCCCAAGUCAAGUUUCUUCACUUCAGAAUGGCACUGGGAAGAAAAGGGUGCCCAAUGAAGGAAGCACCAUUUCUCUCGAGAAAAGUAAAACAGAAACUUCUGGGCCAGUAAAAAAGGAAGCAAAUACAGAUGGAAGUGUUGUUUCUGACACUUCCUUUACACCUGCAUGCAUCACCAGUGUGCCCUUGAGCAGCCAGUGUCAUAGCCCACCUAGAACGAGAUCACUUCUAAAUACUUCUAAUAUAGUUGAUUCUUCUGCUUCAUCUAACGGACUUGUAUCAGAUAAAGAUCCUAUGGACUACAUAGACAAUAACAUGGAGAAUGUGUGCUCUGAUGUAUUAUCAUUGAGCAUUCAAGAAAAUCAACAUUCACAAAAUAACAAUGUGGAGCAAAUUAGAGAAUCAUCAGUUUGUGAGACUUCUGGAGAAGUUAAGAAUAACACUGAUGUGGUACACAUUGGAAGUGUCCAGUCUGAUUCUAGAUUGGGAAGGCCUGAUGAAGUAACUAAAAUCGACUUGCCUGAACUGGACAAUGAUUUGUUAUCUUUUCAUAGCCCGAGGAUUAAGGAUCCUGAGAUUGCUUCCAGUAGAACACAAGAUAUUUUUGAUGCACUUAAUCUUAAACGUUCUGAUUUUCUUUCUCCUGCAUUUGACAAUGCUAAUGGUUUAACUGGCAUUGGUUUUAAUAGCCAGGCUGUGCAUAAAAGUGGUAACUUGAUGGUUUCAAGUUCUAAUUCUCCAAGUGUGUUUCUGGAGAAUACAUUCAAUAAUGGUGCUGAAAAUUCCACUUUGUCUCUGAGAAAAGAGAACAUGUCUCAGCUUGCGAGAUAUGAAACUGAAGUAGGCAGUGGUGUUCCGGCUAUUGAUACGGCGGAGAGAAGCAUCAUAUCAAAUAUUUUGUCACUGGACUUCGACUCAUGGGAUGAGUCUGUAAGUUCACCUCAGAACCUGGCUAAGUUGAUAAGUGAAACUGAUAAACGGCAGGGGUCUUUUGGAGCACCAGGGUCCUGGAAAACUCAGAAUAGCAGUCAAUCAAGAUUUACAUUUGCUAGAGAGGAGGAAGCUAUGAGCCAUUUGCCCGAACAAUCUAUUGAUUACCAUGAACAAGCCUUGAAGCAGCAUCUUUUUGGCCAUAAUUUCUCAGGCAGCAACAGAUUCCAUGUUGAGAAGUUUGUUAGUACUAACGGUUUACCUGUUUCCAGUGGCACAGAACAAGAUUAUUUUGCUAACAAUGUUUCUCAUUAUUCUUCCAACAAGCUUCCUAUUUCAAGACCUCAUGUAUCUGCACCUCCAGGAUUUUCAGCGCCUAGUAGGGCAGCAGCACCUCCAGGCUUUACUUCUCACGCUCGGACAGAGCAAUUUUUUGAAUCACACUCUGGAAAUCAUGCGCUUGAGGCUACCUCUUUAUUAAGAAAUCAGUAUCAAACAGCCCCAAGUGGUGAUACUUAUUCUAAUGGUGAUAUAGAAUUUAUGGAUCCUGCAAUUUUGGCUGUUGGCAAAGGGACAUUUGCAAGUGGCAUCAACAAUAUGGGCCUAGACAUAAGAUCCAAUUUUUCUCCACAGUUCAAUACAUAUGAUGAGGUCAGAUUCCAGUCAAUUUUACAAAGAUCUUUUCCUCCACAACACAACCAAAGAUUUGGUGACCUGGGCAACAAUCUUUCGACCCUUGGUGAUAUUCAUGGAAUUCCUUCUAGGGUUGCCGAGCAGACACUAACCAAUAAUCACUCUCCAUUUUCUCAAUUCAGCCUUCAUCAGUAUAGAAAUGGAGCAACUUCUAAUGGUCAAUGGGAUGGGUGGAAUGAAUCCCAGAGUAGGAAUAAUUUGAGUAUAGAUGAACUGCUCAGAGCCGAGCGUUUGAGACUUAGCAGCAAUAUAUACGGUGGCUAUGAAGAAUCCAAGAUGAGGAUGCCAGGUUCCGGCAAUAUAUACAAUGGAGCUUAUGGGAUUUGAUUCGAAGAUUAUUAUAUCAGUGGUGAAAUAGAUGAUCAUAUCCGACCUUGAUGCCUGACGUCCUCCUUUUGAAUGUGGUGCCUAUGAAACUCACAACAGUUCACUCUGACACGAUUAGUCUGACUCCACUACUUUCAGGUUGGUGUUGGGUUAAAUCUUCUCACAUGGAGUCCAGAAACCAGCAGGUAAACUUUUGACUCUUUUUAGUUUCCUUUGAUGGGUGGUUAAUAUCUACAAUAAAGUGGUUUCGGUCUCAUUACAUUUAUGAGUUAUGUGAAGAGGUGGAAAAACUGAUUUCUAACGUUCAGGAACAACAAUGUGGCUGGAUCCUUGUUCAGUAAAAUUAGUAAUCACUCUGCCUUGGUUAAAGAUGUCACACUUGUUGUGUGGCACAAGAUAUUAGGAGCUGUUGCUUAGUAGAGAAAAAAUGUAGUUGAAUGUUCUCAUAGAGUGAGAAAAAGUUAAUUGAAGUGUUAAUGACGAGAGAGAAAAUGUAGCUGAAUGUAUUAGUGAUGCUUUGUUGGGAUGUACUAAAAAAAGAAAGUUAGAUAUUUGUUGCAGGAUGGAGCAAGUAGCUAAAACUCAUAAUUUUGAAAUACAGCACUAAUGAUAAACGCUCGAGUUUGAAGAUAUAUAACUUUGGCUAAACUCUUGACAGAAUCCCAUUGGUUUCGACUUUUAUUAAUGGCAUGGUGAUCUUUUCCUA